UGUAUUUUACUUUCGAUCCUGGCCUUACUGUUACCGUUAACUUUAUUUUUUCUCUGAGGGAGCCCAAUGUCUAUAAGCCUCAUGAUUUCUUUUUGGGCUUCCUCGCCACUUUCAUUUGCUUCUGUGUAACUGUGUUGUUUUAUCGUAAUUUGUAUUUUGUGGUAAAUCAAAUAAAGUUAUUAAAGUUAUUAAAGUUAACUAGCCUCGUUUUCAAGUUGAUCACUCACAGUCCUCUUUUCGUUCUGCACAGGGUGUUUACUCUACCUUGAAGCAGCUGAAACAGAACUCAUAAAUACGUGCGUUGUACCGUUCGCGAUAGCCGAAUUCGGUCUGAAUAUGAACCCUUAAACAGUUGCAUCACUGUACACAGCGUUUGAAUGAUGAGGAUAUUUAAUGUAAUGAGUCUUAACACCUGUAGCCGUAAAAAAAGACGAAAAAAUUGCGAAGAAUCAAGAUGGCUGUCUCAAAGUGCCCUUGUUCGACCUUUAGCAAUGCCAAGUUCAAUAUAUGCCAAGAUCUCAUUGGUUCCUAAGCAUCAACUCAUAGUUCAUUCAACCUUAUUGGCUCUUGCAACAAACAUCCGAACAUACAAAGCCACAAAGCCACAAAGAUACAUACGCUCACACCACUGACAUAUGAGCUAUUUUGUCAAAAUAGCUCAAUAAGUAAGAACGGGCAUGUUUGAAUUUUUGGCGCAAAGCCAGUAGUUGCCGCUAGGAGUUUUCUCCUGACUAUUCUUUCCUUUAUUACAAGUCUCGGCUGGAACAUUAGCAAUAGAACCAAGAGGGACAGCUGAAAAUUGGGGGAGGAUUUUAAAAAUGUCUCUCUCCAAGUUAAAAUUCAAAGGAAGAGUAAUUUGAACUGUAAAAUAUAGAUUAACAUUUUCUUUAUCCGUUAUCAUAAUUUCGUGCACCAACUCACCAAGGCUGCCCGCUCGCGAUGUCAGUUUAUCGAAAAAAUAAAGCCAAUUAAACUAGUUUUCGUAGACAAAAAAUCGAUCAAAAAAGAAGCUGAAUGGAAGCUCUGACCUCUCGAAAAGUUUUUUGCUAUGUAGUUUUGUGAAGCUUUUAAUAUUGACAUUCAGCUAGUCUUCUACCAUGCCGUUAUUAGUGUCAUCACGCAACGCUUCUCCUCACUAAUCGAACCACAUUCCUUUCCCGGGAUUAGCCAAUUAGAAUUCAGCUCCCAUUUUCUGGAAGGUGUUCGCUCCACGUUUGCGGUAUGGUGACUCCUUCAAUCACAGCUUUGCUUAUAUCGGUGCCCCAUGUGUGAAUGACAGAACAAUCAAAAUCGACGCGUGAAAACAAGCAAUCAACUAGAGUAGUGUUGGCGUAGUCGAGUCCUUUUAAAAUUUUCGAGAAAAGCAGCAACAGCAAGAAAGGCGAGCAAAUAUGAUGCACAACAUGGAUGUGCUUAUAAAGUUGCCGGGUAUAGUUUCGGGAAAUCGCUAAUCGAUGAUUUAUAAGAUUGCUUUUGUUUGAAUCAGUACCACUGAGAGUUUAAUCUUCACAGUCUUCACAUGUAAAACAACACAAUGAGCACAUCCGGCACAUGAAAUUCAUCACACAUAUGCACGUUAAAAAGAACCAACUGAUGCUGGUAAGAGUCUUGUAGGCCUAUCAAACCUUUUUUUUUUCACUUGGAAUUUUGUUACCCGCUUAAAACAAACUUUUCUGCAAAUGACCUUUUCGUUCCUUGCAGACACAGAGCCCAUCAAAACUCAGCGACAAUUGAUUGAUUUGUCGAAAACUGAGAAGCGUGUUCGCUCCUAGCACCCUGAGGCUAACGUAUUGUCAGGUUCAGCAUUGGUUUGUUCGUUAGACCACCAACACAAAGGGAAAAGAAAUGUGGUUCGAUUUUCAGCAGCCGUUAGUGGGGAGGAACGUUGCGUGACGACACUAAAAACGGCUGUCUAGCAGACUAACAUUCAGCCAGAAAAGUGAAAACCGAUUGUUUGUUGUUGCUGUAAUCUGAACACCGACUUGAACGCUGCCGAGUGAAAAAAGGACUUUGAGUUUGUUUGUUUUUUUUUUUCUGUAAUGGUGGCCAUUAGCUUUUAAGUUAGCUUUACUGGAGAAAUUGACAAUCUUACGAUUAAUAACUACAAAGCCUGCCAAACACGAUUAACAACUACAAAGCCUGUCAAACGUAGUUAUCAAUCGUGGUUUUCACGAUUAUUAACUAUGUUUGACAUAAUUAUUAAUCGUAAAAGUUCUCCUUUAAGAUUAAUAAGUGCAAAGCCCACCUUGCCUGGGGCCUUUUCAGAUGAGAUUUAACUGGCAGUUUUGAGUUUGUUUUUAACUGAUAGUUGAGAUCUGUGAUCAAAAGAAUUAAUCGACAGCUAAGAAAUAGGAGUGACAUUACCGGAGGUGAGCUAGAAUCUUUCCAGAGGUGCGCACAGUUUUCGAAAUCAACCAGUCCCGCGUCUUUUUCUUAAUCGUUUUCGCACGGGUGACUUGAGCCGCGUAUAUACAAACAUUUUCUUCGGCUUCGCAAUGCCGAAAAAAGAGAAAACAUCCCCCUACUUUUUCGUCUCCUCCCAGGCAAAGCAAAAUUUAAAAUUUGUAUAAAUACAGUAUAGAGUUUUAGCUGCUCUAAUACUUCAUCAAAGUAAAACUUCAGGAGGAUCGAUAAUUCUUUAGUUUGAAAAUUUGAGGACGUUAUGUGAAAACUAGCAAUAAAUUUGCAUAGCUGCUGGCCAUGUGAGUGAAAACGCUCCUUAUGUCUCUCACGGGAAGGAAGAUCUCCUGAUACUGGGGCGUUGGCGUUACUAGGUCUCAGAAUAUAAGCCAAGCAACAACAACAAUAACAUUCGGUGAAUUUAAUCUAAUAAUUGCAUCUGCUUUCGCUUAAUUAUCCAGAUAGAAGCUGCAGUGACAUUAAAGUUCGAAGUCCGCAGGCCACGAGUGGCUCUUACGUCAUCGACCCUGAUGGCGAUGGAGGCAAUGAACCUUUUAAUGUCUUUUGUGACAUGACUGACAAAAACGGUGUUGGUGUGACCGUGGUAGGUCACGACAGCGAAGCUAGAACGCUAGUUGUUGGAUACGAAGCACCAGGGAGUUACGUGAAACAUAUCACCUACAAUGCAACGGGGCUUAUCGGCGUGGCACAGUUAGCAGGCCUAGCAGAUGUUUCCAUUCACUGCGAACAGUUUAUUAAGUAUGAAUGCCAUGGUGCCGCUCUUUUCAGAUAUGCUGGGUGCUGGUGGGUAUCACGUCACAAUCAAAGAAUGUUCUAUUGGGGUGGAGCUAAGCCAGGUGAUAACAAAAAGUGCGCUUGUGGGGUGACGUCGCCAAACUCGUGCGCACACCCCUCUUUUGGAUGUAACUGCGACAAGAAUGAUUACACGUGGCGCGAGGACAGCGGUUUCCUUACUGAGAAAUCCCAACUUCCUGUGAUAGAGUUAAGGUUUGGGGACACAGGUAACUCACCAGAGAAAGGCUAUCACACCCUUGGAAAAUUCAAGUGUUACGGUUAG